UGUGUGUUUGUUGCAGCAGGGGGCGCAGCGGGAUUGUUGUCUGUCGGCCGCGUCGGUUUCUAGCUUUCUGUCCUUCUGCGUCUCCGUGCGUAAAAGCAGAACCACCGGAACCACCAUGAUGACCGAUGUUCGGAAUUUCCUUUGCGCCAGGAUCUGAUUCACAUCUCAGGGUACGGAUUUACUGUCUUAAAUGGCUUAGCACCAAGUCUCUGGCGGGAAACCGUGCAGUUGUACCUGUAUGAAUGUUUCCACCAUGAGGAUACCUGCGCUUGGAAAUGAGUCUGUGAGCGCUGCAGUGUAAGUGGAUACACUGGUUAAGAAGUACAAAGCGAAGUAACAAAUAGUUCACCAUACGCCCAUCAGUAACCUACAGUGUCCAGUUUUAAGAAUCCGGCAGCUAUGCAGGGAGCCCGUGUCUGGAUUUUCAGAGUUUCUGUCUUCCUGCUGCUGCUUUGGUCGGACCCCCUGAACUGCCAACACACAACACAGGACCACAGGAAGGUUACUCAGAAGGCAGAGCCCCAGCAGGAGUUCAGGGCAGAGCAUGGAAAAAUUCACGGCUCCUGGGGUGCCUGGGGGACCUGGUCAACCUGCUCGAGGACCUGUGGAAGAGGGGUUCAAGAACAGAGCAGGCCCUGCCUCCCUGUAUACACUCAGUCCCAAUAUCCCUCCAGAGGAGCUGGUGUUCACCCUCAGAAAUCAGGCCAUGUCAUUUCAGCCCUGCGGCCAACGGUUCCUCUGCACCGCAACACAGGCAGGUCCUCCAACAGCAGCAGUCGUGGUGAGCUGAGGGAGGAGAAGCAGAACCGGCCUGGUGGACGCAGGAGGGUCACUCACAUCAUCCCGGGGAGGUAUGGCUACGGGAGAGCUCCCUAUGUUGCUUCAUUGCAGACAGAUAAAGAUCAGGGCUCUGGGACGGCUCGCCACAACAUACAGAGACGCUCUGCUGCAGCUGAUGCCCACUACCCAACCAGCAGAGACUACAGUGGUCGCAGGUCAAACAACCUUGACCCCUCCAGCAACCUCCAACGCUACAGCAGACCCUACAUGCAGCCUAGGGCACAGCAGCCCCAAAAUAACCAAGUCUGGGCCCCCCUAUACCAGCCUGGUUCAGCCAGCCAGGGCCAGCAAGAAACACAACCAGGAAGCCAGACAUAUGGACAACAGCAGCGAGAGAGACCGUACAACCCCCUGCCUACUUCCUUCUGCACAGGAGAGCAUGCUCACUACAGAAUCUGCAGUAGUGAUGCCUGUCCUCCAUCCAGCAGACACAUCAGGGCUGUUCAGUGUUCUUCAUUCAACAACCAACCCUUCAUGGGAAGAAUGUACGAAUGGGAGCCUUUCAUUGAGGUUCCUGGCGAUCAACGCUGUGAACUCAACUGCCGGGCCAUAGGGUUCAGGUUCUACGUGCGACAAUCAGACAGGGUGAUUGAUGGGACGCCAUGUGGGCAGAAUGAUACUUAUCUCUGUGUGGCAGGAAAGUGUACGAGCCUAGGCUGCGAUGACUAUCUCGGAUCAGGAAAAGUGAUGGACAAGUGUGGCGUGUGUGGAGGUGACAACACAACCUGCAGGCUGAUCUCUGGAGUGUUUAAACACAGUUUGACCAAGAUCGGCUACCACAAGAUAGUGGAGAUUCCAGAGGGAGCCACCAAGAUCAACAUCACAGAAAUGGUGAAGAGCAGAAACUACCUAGCUCUCCGAAGCCGAUCAGGACGAUCCAUCAUUAAUGGAAACUGGGCUAUUGACCGCCCAGGAAAGUAUGAGGGAGGGGGGACCAUGUUCAUCUACCGUCGACCAAACGAAAUUAGUAGCACAGCCGGAGAGUCCUUCCUCGCUGAAGGACCCACCAAUGAGAUUCUGGACGUUUAUAUGAUCUUUCAGCAGCCAAAUCCUGGUGUUCACUAUGAAUACAUUCUCCCCUCUGAGAAACCGGUUGGCCCUCAGCAAGAAGGAAACACUGUGAAUGGACAGGGUGGAUAUGACCAUCACAGCAACACUCACCAGGAAAACUUCAGUCCAGCAGGUGGUGGGAGGGACCUUCCUCAUCUCCCCGACAACCAGGUCCCCGUCGUCCAGCCACCCAGACGUGUGAGAGAGUACAACUGGAAACUGGGUGGUGCAACAGAGUGCAGCGUCUCCUGUGGUAAAGGAUUCAGAUACUCCAUCUUUCACUGUGUCUCCCGGCUGAACCAUGUCCAGGUAUCAGAUGCUCUUUGUGACAGCAGCAGCAGGCCGACACCACAGGAAGAGGCCUGCAACCUGCAGCCCUGUCCAGCCUUCUGGGAUAUUGGUGAGUGGUCAGAAUGCAGUAAGACCUGCGGCCUGGGCAUGCAGCACCGGCAGGUCCUGUGCCGUCAGAUUUACGCCAACCGCACCCUCAAUGUCCACACGAGCCGUUGUCAGGAUUUGGAGCGGCCUGAGAUCACCAGUACCUGCCAGCUGAAGAUCUGCAGCGAGUGGCAGAUACGCUCUGAGUGGACUGCUUGCUCAGUGCCAUGUGGGCUGGGUCAGAGGUCACGAGAGGUACGCUGUGUCAGCAACGUAGGAGACUUUGUUCCUGAUGAGGAAUGUAACAUGAAUCUGCGGCCCGUCGAUGUAGAGAACUGUGACAUGGGAGCCUGUGCCAAGAGCUGGUUCUACACUGAGUGGGGCAAUAGGUGCUCCGCUGAAUGUGGGAUGGGUGUACGAACCCGUGGAGUCCUCUGCCUGACCAACCACAUCAGCAGCCUUCCAUUGGAGGGCUGUGGCAACGAGCGGCCCGCAGACUCUCAGGUUUGCAAUAACGGUCCUUGUGAGAAUCGCAUCGAGUGGUUCACAGGCCCCUGGAGCCAGUGCUCUGCAGAGUGUGGCACAGGCAGUCAGCAGAGGUCAGUGGUGUGUCUGAUGAAGUCAGAGGAAGGAUUCACGGUCAUGCCACCCUAUGAGUGUUCCUCUCUGGAGAAGCCCCUCAGCCAGCAGAGCUGCAACCUCAAGGCCUGUGGAGCAAAGUGGUAUCACACUGACUGGAGUGCUUGUUCAAAAACAUGUGAGGGAGGUUUCCGUGUGCGCGAGGUGCGCUGCCUGUCUGACGACAUGCUGUCCAGUGAAGGCUGCGACGAGCAGCUAAGACCUGCAGAGAAGGAGGACUGCAACCCAGAGCCCUGCAUACCUCGCAUAGAUGAAAACUGCAGAGACAAAUACUUUAACUGCAAUGUGGUGGUCCAGGCUCGCCUCUGUGUGUACGAUUACUACAAGACAACGUGCUGUGCUUCAUGUUCACGAGUGACCCACAGACACUCGAUUCACCGUGGCCGCAGCUAGCACUCUCUAGUGGGGUCCCUCAGCUCCACGUUGGGCCAGACUCAAUACCCGCUGCAGGCACUCUGUUCCUGGGCCAGCCGGGGGAGUGACCUGGCUGGAUCUUGGCUUAAGCGGACACUUGUUUUGAUUGCCAAGGAUGGAAACCUGAAGAUGAAGGACAAUUUCUGUUGGCUCCUUUGGAGAUAGCUGUCGGGUGAAAAUAAUACCCAAGAAUAGUGGAGGACAGGAAUCCACUCAAUGGAUAAACAGAGCGCCGGUGAGAGGGUGAGUGAGAUCACCAGCAAACUGAGAAACCAGCAAAAAACGUUAUGGGUUUUAACCACAACGUUUAAAAUAAAGAAUUUAAUUUGUGUUUUUUGUUUGGAGGAGGGGGGGGGGGUCUUUUGCCAACAGUGGCUCUUGCAGAUGAUAUGAUAUGAAGAGGAGAGCCCCUGUAAACUGUUGGACUAUGUAGAGGAAGAAUCCAUUUUAAUAUGGUUCCUAUGGCUUAUAUGGUACACUACAAUGCUCAGAUUCAUGGCAUAUGAAGUCAGUGUUGUCUCACCAGUAAUCAGCUAUUUACCAGUAAGUUUGUUCAACAUGACCAGGUGUGUAACCGCAUCAAACAGUGACAAAAAUUUUUUUUUCCUAAGAAUUUGCAUUCUUUUUUCAAAGAUGAGUUUUUUUCUGAUUAUCUGAGCAGUGGCAAACUACCUUUUUAUUUUUUUUUGCUGCCUGCACAGCCAUGAGGUGUAAAUGCAGCCUAUGUAAUAUGUAUGUAUAUAUACGUAUGUAAGAUAGAGUGACUAAUAAAGUUUUUUUAAGGGUCCUCAGACAGCCCUUCCAGCAACUGAAGAGAAGAAGCCCUUUGUUAUUUAUUUGUGUGAUUCCCCAGAGAGCUCACUGGUUUAUCAGCGGUCCCUUUUUCCCUUUGAGAGAU